UUGAUUCGAAAAAUGAAAAUCUAUCACCUGAUGAAUAUUUCCCAGUAUUUGCUCCUUUUGUUGUGCUUAUUGGGUGAUAUUGGACUUGCAAGCACGGGUAUGAAAGUGAAACCAAUAUGCAUUGAGGAAGAAAGGAAAGCACUUUUGAGCUUUAAACAAGAUCUUAAUGAUAUGUCUGGUAGGCUUUCUUCUUGGGUGGGUCAUGAUUAUUGCCGUUGGGAAGGGAUUUCAUGCAACAACCGCACCGGUCAUGUUGCCAAGAUGGAUCUCCGGAAUACAUAUGACAAGUCCACGGCUGUUGAAGAGUGGGACGAGUUUGCUUAUAGCCAGUCUCGCCUAGGGGGUAAGAUAAAUCCUUCUUUGCUUAGCUUGAAACAGUUGCAUUACCUAGACUUAAGUUUGAAUAAUUUUGAAGGGAUCCAAAUUCCUAAGUUCUUUGGGGAGCUUAAAACUCUGAGGUAUCUCAAUAUCUCCUUUGCAGAGUUUACAGGAGAGAUUCCCCCUUCUCUUGGUAACUUGUCAAACUUGAACUAUCUUGAUGUCUGUUUUUCUUCAUCCAAAAUAUAUUCCAAAAACUUGAAUUGGCUUUCUCAUCUCUCUUCCCUAAAAUACCUCAAUCUCAAUGAAGUGGAUCUUAGUAGCAGCACAGGUUGGCUGCAUGUUGUUAACAUGCUUCCUUCCUUACUGGAGUUACACUUAUCUCUUUGCGGAAUAGAAAGCCUUCCAUUAUCAUUACACAAGAUUAACUUCACCUCACUUUUGGUCCUUGAUCUUUCAUUUAAUGAUUUCAAUACUUCUUCAUUUCCCAGCUGGAUUUUCAAUCUUACUAGCCUCAAAGAACUUGAUCUAAGCCACAAUUCUUUCAGUGCUCCUUUUCCAGUUGAUCUUGGAAACCUCAAAUCUCUUGAAUACCUAGAUUUAUCUCAUUUGGGGCUCAGAGGUAGUGGAGUUCCCAGAGUCAUUGGAAACUUGUGCAAGCUAAAGACAUUACAUCUUCCCGAGAACAAUUUUGAUGGUGGGGGGAUUGAAGAGUUUUGGGGGAGUUUAUCAAAUUGUCCAAAUAAUACACUAGUAUUAGAGUCACUAGAUUUGUCUGGUUGUGUGUUGGAAGGCCAAUUGCCGGCCUCCUUAGGAAUGUUAAAAAGUUUGCAGUACUUGGACCUCUCUUGUAAUCACAUGAACGGGUCCAUUCCACAAAGUCUAGGACAACUCUCCGAGCUAGUUGAACUCAAUCUGUCUUUAAAUUCAUGGGAAGGUAUUCUAACGGAAGCCCAUUUCAUUAAUCUCACCAAAUUGAAAAGUCUUUCAAUAGGCAACAAUCUUGAUGACAUAGAGAAGCCCAUGCCCAUCGUUUUCAACUUGUCUUAUGAUUGGGUUCCUUCUUUCAAGCUCCACACAAUUGUGAUUAGAAACUACAAAGUAGGUCCUGGUUUUCAUGUAUGGCUUCAAUCUCAGACUGAACUAGUACAAGUCGUCCUUCGUAGAACUGGAAUAUCAGAUUCUAUACCAGAGGAAUGGUUUUUGAAGCUAUCUUCCCGACUAGAAUACCUGGAUUUAUCUUAUAACCAAUUCCGAGGAAGGCUUUCAUCCAACCAAUUGAUGAGAUUUCCGAAGUUACGUUUAUUAAAUUUGGCUCAUAAUCAAUUUGAGGGCCCAUUCCCACUUUGGUCCACUAAUGCAUCUUACUUUGAUCUCGAAAGCAAUUUAUUUUACGGGCCAAUUCCCUCCAAUUUUGACAAACUGAUGCCCAAAUUGGAAGAAUUGUAUAUUUCGGAGAAUCAUUUGAAUGGUACAAUUCCACCUUCUAUUUGCAACAUGCAAAACCUGACAGUCCUUUCCCUGAGGAGCAAUCAUUUUUCUGGAAAAUUCCCCCACACUUGGAGUUCGUGGAGCCAGAUAACCAUUGUAGAUGCUGCCUACAACAAUCUCUCUGGUAAUAUUCCCACUUCAAUGGGAAUAUUAAGUACUCUUGAAAUAUUGAAGCUCAACAACAACAAUUUUGGCGAUAAGAUUCCCGAUUCUUUGCACAAUUGCUCUGUUUUGAAAAGUAUCGAUCUUGGAGGCAACAAAUUAUCUGGGAGAAUACCUCCAUGGAUAGGAGGAUCAAAUGUAUCCAUGUUGUGCAUGCUACGAUUGCGAUCCAGCUUUUUUACUGGACAUAUUCCCCGACAAUUGUGCAAUCUUGGCUACCUUCACAUCCUCGACCUCAGCCACAACAACUUUUCAGGUACUAUUCCCAGAUGUUUCAAUAAUUUGACUUCUCUCAUCCGUAAUGUUUCCAAUAUAUACAACGACUACUAUCUUCCGCAAACCAUGGUGACAUUAAAAGGACAAGAACGCGUGUAUAACACCACUCUAAUGCUGGUAAAGAGCAUUGAUUUUUCAUCAAAUAUUUUGGAAGGUGAAAUCCCUCAAGAAAUUGGUGGCCUCACUUUAUUGGGUACCUUGAACUUGUCAAGGAAUCAUUUGACUGGUAACAUCCCCUCGAUUAUUGGAAAUAUGCAUGAGCUCGAAACUCUUGAUCUUUCAAACAACCGUCUUUCAGGACAGAUUCCUCAAACCCUUGAAUCUUUAACAUUCUUGUCGCACUUGAAUUUGGCUAAUAACAACUUGGUGGGGAGAAUUCCUUUGGGCAGCCAACUUCAAACGUUCACUUAUUCCAUUUAUAUGGGCAAUCCAUCACUUUGUGGCUUUCCUCUUCCAACUAAGUGCCCUGGAGAUGACACUUUGACCAUUACGAAUGCAAAACGCAGUAAUGAAGAUGGAAAUGAUAAGAUGUGGUUCUAUGUGGGCAUGGUACUUGGCUUUAUCGUAGGCUUUUGGGGUGUUUGUGGCACAUUACUCGUGAAGAAAUCAUGGAGGUAUGCUUAUUUUCGAUUUUUUGAUGACAUCAAAGAUAAGGUAACACUAGCAAUUGAGUUGAAAGUGACUCGUUUGUAAAGAAAGCUUUGUCAUGUUUAGUAGUGUAAUAUAAUUUUUACCCAGUAAAACAGUGUAAUGCAUUUUUUAUAUAUGUGUGUAUUUU